AUGUUUAAUAGAAGUACAGCAGGCUCGUCUUUAUUUGGGAAUGCGAAUACAUCGACCCCAACCUCGGCACCAGCACUAACUAAUAAUACCCAAUUUCCUCAGAAACAGGGUACGUUAUUUGGUAACACGAGUGCCAAUUUAGGAACCUCCACACCAAGCCCCUCUAAUACUCUUUUUGCUAAUCCCGGUUCUAAUAUUAACCAACAAACUACUCAAACUGGAGGAAGUUCAUUGGGCAGCAAACCAGCAAAUAAUAACCUUUUCGGGAAUACUGUAGGACAAGCAGGCUCUGCUCCCUCUAGUGGAUCCUUGUUUGGUAAUUCGACCAGUGCGACUACCGGCGGUUUAUUUGGCAAGUCCACUCCAACAGCUCCUGCAGUUGUACCUUCAAACAGUUUGUUCGGAAGCAAACCUACUACUGUUCCAGCCUCAAGUUCAGUUGGUGGAAUGUUUGGGAACUCUGGUAUAAAUGCGGGGGGAAGUACCUUAUCAUCUGGUAAGCCCACAUUAGGAACAAGCUUGUUUGGUUCUUCAAAUCCCUCUAAUUUGUUCGGUAACAAACAAUCUAAUACUGCUAAUAGUGGACUGUUUGGCAACCCAAUUACCGCAUUCGGACAUCAAACUAAUACUAUGGAGGCGCAAAUGAAUUCUAAUCCUUAUGGACUCAACGUAAAUAAUGUAACAACAAAUGUAUCUAAUAUGCCAUCAUCCAUAACUGAAAAUAUCAGCAAAAAGACGGUCACGAACUCUGAAUCUCUUUCUGUGACGUCAAUCCCUUCCAGUGACACAAAAAGAUCUUUCUCCUUCUCGUCAGUAGCUUCCAACAACAUUGCAUCGCCUCCUGUUUCCGUCGUUUCACAUUCCAGUUUAUUCAAUGAUUUGAGAUCACGACUAAACUCUGGUAUGGAUACUUCUGUGAAGGGCAUCUUUUCUUCAUCGCAUACACCUUGGGAAGGGGCGGAACAUAAUUCUUCUGCUUUGAAUGGCAGUACUUCUAAUGACUUUUCUUUCACCGUGGCAAAUAAAAACAAAUCUGUGAAGGAUUUAUCCUCCUUCUCUAAUAGCAAGGGUGUGACGGAGCUGCGUAGAUUGAAAAUUGACUCUGACAGAAGUGCUGCCAAGAAGCUGAAACUACUUUCAGGUAAGUCGGUUCCUACAAAAGAACAAACGCCCGAAUCUCACAGGAAUGAGGUGGAAGAAGGUAAUGACAUUAAAGGUGUUGAAAAUACACCAAUAAUCGUGGAGGACGAAAAGGGUGACAAGGAGGAAGAAAAUAUAGAAGAACAAGGACAAGAUUAUGAUGAGAAGAGUUCAUUAAACUACUGGUGUUCCCCAUCCCCAGAGCAAUUAGUCAGUUUAUCAAUAAAGCAGCUAACAGCAGUCCCAAAUUUUGUUGUUGGUAGAAAGGGUUAUGGUUGUAUUACUUUCAAUUAUGAUGUUGAUCUUACUCCUUUUGCUAAUGAUAUUAAAAAGGAACUUUUUCAUAAUGUUAUAGUUUUCCGCACACCAAGAACAGUUGAAGUUUAUCCUGAAGGAUCUAUAAAGCCACCUGUUGGCUAUGGAUUGAAUGUUCCGGCGACAAUCACCCUAGAAAAUGUUUAUCCUGUUGAUAAAAAAACAAAGCAACCUAUCACAGACGAUUCCAAGAUAGAAGAGAUACAAUUUUUUGUUAGAAAAUUAAAGGGUAUGAGAGAUAUGGAAUAUAUCUCAUACAACCCUUUCGGCGGUAUUUGGACCUUUAGAGUUGAUCACUUCAGUGUUUGGGGUUUGGUUAAUGAUGAAGAUAUUGAAAUAGACGAGGAUGAAGUACAUGCUGCUGAUAGAGAGGAAAUUGAUAUGGCCAAUAGUACAGAGGCAAAGUUAUUGGCAUUGCAACAGAAAAGCUUUUCGGAAUCUGCAGAAGCUGUGGAUGACUAUGACAGUCUUAUUGUUGAAGAAAAGCAAUACGAACCUGAUGUAAAUGAGGAAGACUUCGAGGCUUUACAAGUGGAUCCUUCCUUGGAUAUAUCAGAUGAUUGGGUUGAGCAAUUGAGACUAGCAGGGUCCUCCUUACAUUCUGUUUUUGCGCAAUCUACUGCUACUAUAAAACCAGACGCUGAUGAAAGGGCUCUUCUCUUUUCUAAGUUUAAUGAAGAUUUGGAAAUUGAGAAAAAGAUCAGGAAGGAAAGAAGGUUAACUAGUAAAUAUACUUUUGCAAAAUUCGAUCAAGAUUCUUCUUUACUUCUCAAGAAAAUUGAAAAGGAUACAGGGACUGAAGUCGUGAGAUUACCAGUCAAACUGGAGAGUAGGUUGGUUCUUCAUAAGGAAGCAUUUGAUAAGCGCAUGAAGUUAGCUGCUAUCGAUCCUAGGAAGGCAAACUCAUAUCCAAAAGUGGUCAAGGACCUGUUAAAAUUCAGUGACGUUUUACCAGCAAUCGCUGAAGAUCCUGAGCUUAUAGAGAUUUGGAAGCUUUGUUCCACCCUAUUUGAUCCUGUUGAAUUAUCCCAUCAUAUUACGAACACUGUUACUAAAGAAACUCUCACCAAAAAUAGAAGAUAUGACUUGUUAUGCGAAUGGCUGAUAAACCAGAUCAAGGAUGAGAUUCAUUCUAAGAUAAAUGGAACUGCAGACUUAUUAGACAAAGUAUUUUUAUACUUAAUGGUAAAUGAUAUUCCAUCCGCGACAAAAAUAGCAAUUGACUCGCAGAAUGGUCACUUGGCCAUCUUACUUACCUUCUUGGGAUCUAACGAUCCUCGUGUACGUGAUUUGGCUUCCUUACAACUAACGACAUGGAGAAGGACGGGUCAAAAAGUUGAUUUGCAAAUUUCUCGGAUAUACCAGCUGUUAAGCGGUUCUAUCUUUGAAGGGGAUUAUGCUUUUUCAAACAUGGUUGGUGAAUUCAGUUGGCUGGCAGUUUUUUCAUUAGGGUUGCUAUAUGGUAAGAUUGAUGAGAAUUCUUUAGAAAAUUUAGUUGCAUCUGAAUUAUCGUUAGUUGAAAAACAAAAUAAUGACUUAGUCUAUGCUAUUUUACAAUUAUUCAGUACACCUAAGGUAACCGAAGCAUUAAUCAGAGAUAUCCAGUUUAUGGAUAUUCAGUUUUCAUGGUAUUUUGUUCAAAUACUAAAAUUCAAUGCAGUUCGUGAAUUUUCUAACGAAUUGUGUGACAGAAUCACAUUGAGUUUCCUUGAACAACUGAAAAGUGAAGAAUUGUACGAUCAAGCUCUAUUCGUGGGCUGUUACCUAGUUGAUGAUGCAGUGGCUAAACAGCAAAUCGAUUUAUUGAUAUACUCCAAUAUUUCAUCUUAUUGUAAACAGUCUAGUCAAAUUUACAGAGAGUUACAAAUUCCAGAAAAGGUCGUAUAUCAUGCACAAGCAUUAAUGAACAAGUAUGAUGGAGAUCACUUUUCAGAAGUUCAGAAUUUAUUACAUGCACGCCUUUUCAAAGAAGCAGAGCGUGUUUUUACAAGUGUGGUAGGUCCGAAAUUGAUUUUAUCAUAUAAUCAUUCAAAAAAGAAUGAUGAUUUGUCAAAACUACUUUCCAUUCUAUCACAAUUUCCUCAGCAGAAUAUAGAUAAUUGGAAAACAGGUCUUGGAGUGUUUGAAGACUACGCCAAACUUGUCAUGCAUGAUGGUGGUAAUAAGGAAAAGUUUCAAGAUUUUGAACAGAAUUUGAAGAUAUUGCUAGAGAAUAACAAGCAUUUCAAAGCCAUCCCUGCAUGUUGUAAUAUAAUGUCCAAAAAGAUGAAGGGUUAG